AUGGGGAAGAAAUCUAACAAGGCUCUGGAGAAAUCCGUGGAGGUGUCCAAGAGGGGGUCCAAGAAAGGCAAAGAGGUACAACUUCCUUCGCCCAAGUGUGGUCCCACUGAUCAAACCGCUGCUGCCAUGCCGGGGGGCGUGUGGAAGAUGUCAACAAUGAAGGAGUCGGCGAUCCAAGAAUUGGUGGCGGUGAAGUUGCUGCAGUCAAAGCAGGUGGUGUCAUGGAGAGAAAUGGUUCUAUAUCAGGAACCACAACCCCCAAUGCCAGUAGUCACAGGGCACAUUCCCAAGUACUCGAAUAAGUGGAUCGAGGAGUCGGCUGAAGACAACCGUGAAGUACUCGACUUGUUGGCGAAGAUCGCCGAGUUAAAAAGAGGAGGAUUGACUGGCAUCAACGUGGCUGCCAGCUUCUUGAAGCUACUAGUUGUCGAUGACAUUGAUGAUAGUGUUGAUAAGGCCGUGGAUUUUUCGUUUGGUACUGAUGAGGCUACUUCUACUGAAGUAGUCGAAAUUGCCAGAGACGUAGCUGCGAGUGUGAGCACCACGGUGGAGACGCCCAUGGAAGAUGCACCCCCAGCCCCUGAGCCGACUACUGCUCAAGUAGUCGUCGAGGCUGGUGUUGCAGGUGGCGGAGUGGAGGAUCCAUCGAGUACUGAUAUGGCGGAUGCUGUGAAGACGCCAGAGGCAGUCAUCGACGCCACGAUGGCUGAAGUCCCCGCUGGCGGUCUUGGCGAAAACAUGGAAGAUCUGCCACCUGUGGCACCCGCUGAGCUGGUCUCAAUCGCACAACCGAUCGAGAGUACAUGUCCCAUGAGUAUCACUGCUGCGAUAUUGCGGGACGUGAUUGAGUCAUUGGAGAACCCUGUGCUGCCAGCCCCUGAGACUUCUGAUGCCAACCCUCCUCCCGCAGCUGAAGCUGUGACGACUUCAGCUGCACCGAGUACUGACGAGGGAGCCAUGAUUGUUGCGGGGAGUAUGACGCCGUCCGAGGGAGAGGGUAUUGUACCCGAGAAGGCGGCGCGCAAGGACGCUUUUGAGGCUGGGGCCUCGUUCACCCAAGAGCUUGUUCUUGCCCCAUUGCUGAAGUCUGGUGCAAGUGAGGCUUUGGGGUCUCAGAAGGUUGAAGUCUUUGAGAGCCCCCUAGUUGAAUUGCUACCAGAGUCCAAGAUUCAGGGUUUAAUUGCUGGUGUCUAG